AUGACCCACCAUGAUAAAGUCAUGCUUCUGGGGCACAGCGAUUCCUACACUCAAGACAAGAACAUGCAAGUCACCAUAGCCUUUAAUCACUUUGGAGAAGGGCUUGUCCAGAGAAUGCCAAGAUGCAGACACGGGUAUUUCCAUGUGGUCAACAAUGACUACACCCAUUGGGAAAUGUACGCCAUUGGAGGGAGUGCUAACCCGACCAUCAACAGCCAAGGCAAUAGAUUUGUUGCGCCCGACAUCAGGUUCAGUAAGGAGGUAACAAAACAUGAAGACGCACCAGAUCAAUAUAAAUUUUUAUCAUCCUAUAUCUAUAUAUAUCCUUAUAUAAAUUAUGGCAUAUUAUUUAUUUAA